ACUUUCACCAAGUCUCUUCCUUUCCUUCUCUGCCGUGUUCUUUGGAUGAUUGUUCCUCUGAAUUCUUAAUCUUUGGUCCAUGGGUUUUAGCCUGACUCUCCAAGUUUUCUGUUGUGCUGGGACGUCUCUGAAAUAUAAAGCUUAUGGGGAUUUGACAACUGGGAUAUUCCCUUGUUUGCAUUUGGCUUUAUCAGUGUAUCUGUGAUGGUGGUGUAGGCAUAUAUAUUCACAAACCCAUAUGGGGAUUCAUGGGGUUACCAGUUUGUAGAUUCUUCUGUCCAGGAAAGCCAUUUUGUUUUUAUGCUGUUUCCCUGUGAGAAGAUUUGGACAACUUGGUAUUGCUUGCUUAUCUGGUGUUUUUUUUUUUCUUAAAAAAAAACUGGGUUUAUUGCCCUGCAGCUGUUGGAUCAAAAGCUUGUGUAAGCUUUGCAAAAAGUUUAUAAAGUUUUCUCCUUUUUUUUGUCCUCUUUCUGUUCCCGUGGCACAAUUCAAAAGAUUCCUCAUCCUCUGCCUAGUGUUUUUGGCCAUGGAUCAAGCUUUUACCACAGAUAUCAUCAACAUUUCUGUGACUGUGGAUAUUGCACCUGGAAGUGCAGUUUGCUAGUCUGGGAUGGUGGUAUGCCUUUGUCAACAUCCUUUAUGGAGGCUGCUAGUAGCGGCUUUUAUCGUCUAAUUACCUGCUAAUGGAUGGAUGGCAUAGCUCAAUGAUUGAUUUGGAGUUAUGAGUUGUGAUCUUAUAGAAGCAUCUUUCAUGUGCCAGCAUGUAUAUGUAUAUGUAUAUGUAUAUGUAUAUGUAUAUGUAUAUGUAUAUGUAUAUGUAUAUGUAUAAACUGUUUUGCAAGGCUUAGCUGUUUCUAUUGUAAUCUCUUGUGACUCACUUCUAUAUUGUGGGUUGGCCCGUUCUUUCGUUGAACUGCUCUUCUAUCCUUUAUUGAUUCCGGUCUCGAGAAUGAAGUUUGCUUGUCCUCUUUGCGACAUUACUCCCUAAUCUAUUUCUUUUAAGACCUCUAGGAAAUGCUUUAUAUAUCUUAUUAAUAGACGAUUUUGGUUGAAGAACUGCCUUCUUGACCCGGGAUUCAUGUCUUGAACGAUGAGAGCAGAUAACGAACAUGCUUCCGGCAAUUCAAUAGGGAGUCUCGAAGGAGAUGGCGAAAGCAACUGGGAGGACACUGAACUAAAGAUCCCAAAAAAUGGGAAAGAGAAUGAAUGUGGCUUGUUCCGUGAUACAAAAGGCGGGAAAUUGGGCAAACAGAGCAAUGGAAACAUGUUCGGACACCAUUCUUCUGAGCCCAUGACGGAUGAUAGCCGAAAGGAAGUGAAUGAUAGUCAUUUUUCCGUGAUCGAGAAGGAGGGUUCAGUAUUCGAUUUGGGCAAAAACGUUACGGCUUGUGACUUGGCUGAGAUAGUAGUUUGUUACAAAGAGAAUGCUUAUAAUGUUGUCAAGGAUAUAUGCGUCGAUGAGGGUAUUAUGCCUCGGCAGGAGAAGUUCUCGUCCAAUAAGAACGAAUCUUGCAAGCGUAUCUCUAAUCAGUUUGGCUCGGAGGAUCAUGUAAAAGCAGAAGUAAAUGUAAAUCCUCUUACGGGAACCUUGGAAUCUAAAAUAGCAGGAAUCAUGUCUAAGGAAUCUUUCACUCUGGCUGAUAUUAUAUCGAUGGAGGAUGGCCAGAAAUCACCCGAAGAACGAUCUUUUCAGAAAUCAAGCUUGGAAAGGGUAACUCUUGCACCAAAGAUCGAGCCAUUUCCCGAUGAAGUAACGGCUCCUGAAGAAAACAGAAGCUGCAGCAAGAACGAGCCUCGAAGGUCUGAACCCGAACACUACGUUCAUAGACACGGCUACACGCUCGAGGACCCCGACGAUGUUUCAAGCCAUUUCCCGAGCGGUUUUGGUGAGACAGAGCCAGUUUCAGGGCAUAUAACUUACUCAGGUCCUAUCGUUUUCUCCGGUAGCCUCUCUGUUCGUUCUGAUGGAAGCACGACCAGUGCACGCUCUUUUGCAUUCCCGGUGCUGCAAUCAGAAUGGAACAGCAGUCCUGUAAGAAUGGCGAAAGCUGACAAGAGACAUAUCCGGACGCAGAAAAGUUGGAGACACACACUUUGCUGUUGUAGUUUCUGACCUUUCUUCUUAUGGGCUGUGUCCUAUGUCAGUGCAGAGGAAGUGUUUCAUGAAGAUAGCGUAUACCAAAGAAUUAAUGUUUUUUUUUUUGGGUUUCAUUUAUUAAAUUACUUAAUGGGUAUAUUAUAAUAUAGUAAAUUUUUUUUUUUCUUGGUAUGGUGUGAAACGGGGAAUAGAGUUUGUAAGUCGAAGCUUUGGUGGCUUGGAUUGAAAUUUGAAUGUAUAGAAAGCCUCUGUUUGCUCCAGAGGAUUCUCUCUUGUAUAUA